AUGGAGAGAUCAAUGACUGUUCUUCAAAUAUCCCUCUAUCACCCUAACCAGGACAAAGGGGUCUUUGAAGAGAUCCCUCAUCACUUGCAGCUUGACACCACCCAUCUGAUCUUUGGGAGAGGCAGGAAUGCCCAUCUCAAAUUUAGGCUUCCUGGCAUUUCCCGCCACCAUAUAUCCCUGGAGCCAUAUCUGGAGAAGGGAAAUGUCUGCCUGACAUUCUGUUUGAAGAUCCUGAGCAGAAGCAGUAGUGUGUGGGUGAAUGGACUGACCCUGAAAUACCUGGAGCAAGUCCCAUUGAUGGCAGUCAGCAAGGUCAUAUUUUCUGGAGUCCAGAUGGUUAUUCAUGUUCAGGGCGGUGCUUCUAAAGAGAAGUUUGCCUGCUGUAUUCAUUUCAGCUGCUCACCUCUGAUUUACAGGGCAAAGGCAGAGGAGACAGAUGAGUUUGAAGCUAUACAAGAGGACCCGGAGUCCCCACAAGAGAUGAGGGAAUUGAAUUAA